AUGGAAGAAAAAAUUAAAGACAUUUAUUUAAGUUUAAAAAAAAAAAAUAAAAAGGAAUGGGCAGAAUUGAUGGAGCAAUUAACAAAAGAUCAAAAACGAAAAUUAAUAUUUUUUAUAAAAAAGAAAAAUAAAAAUUCAUUACAUAAAAUAAAAAAUAUUAAAAUUGAGAAAAAUAGUGAAAAGAUUAAGACAAAGACUAGCAACAAUUAUCACAUCUUAGUUGAUUACUCAAAUGUUAAUUAUAACUUAAACUUAAAAAAUUACAUAGCUAGAAUAUUACGUAUAUAUAAAUUAGAAGAUAAUUAUGAUUUUAUAAAGGCUUUACAUUUGUAUAUGAAUAUAUUAAGCUAUAUUAUAUUUAAAAAAUUUUCAUAUGAAUGCAAAAAUGAUGAAAAAAAUAAAAAUCUAUUAAUAUUUUUAAAGAAAUUAUUUCCAUUUGAGUUUCAAAAAUUUGAAGAAAAAUAUAAUAUGAGAUGGAGUAAGGAUUUUAUUUCAUCUGAAAAUAUAAAUAAAGAAAAAAUUUCUACGGAAAAUGUGAAAAUUAAAAAAGAAAUAGAUUUAAUGGUUGAUAAAAAAAAUAAAAAUGAUUAUGAAAAAGAAUAUAAACAUAAUCAUUUAAAUGAACAAAAUUCAGAUCAAUGUAAUAUUAUUAAUAAUCUUAAAAAAACAAAUAUAAUAGAUUCAAAUUUAGAUAAUUCAAAUAAUAAAGAAAAUAUUGAUAAUAAAGUAAAUGAGGUGAACUCAUUAGAACAUAAAAAGGAAAUUUUGACAAAACAUAAAAAUUUGAAUACAACUAAAAAAAAUAAUUUGGAAUUAUUAAUAAAAACUGAAAAAGAUGAUGACACAUAUGAUAGAAUUAGUAAUGAACAUAUUUUGAACAAUUUAGAUAAUUAUGUAAAAAAAGAAUUUAAUCAAGAAAUUUUUAAAAAUAAAGAUAUAAAAAAAAUUAUAUCAAAUAUAUUUGACGAACAAAGAUUUGAGUAUCGCAUUCGUUUUAGAAGUAUAAUUUCACAAAAUUUAAGUCAUUCUGAAUAUAAGAAAUUCUGUGAUCAAAGAGAAAAAUUAUUUAAAUAUAAAAAAAAGAAUUUUAUUAAAUGGAUUGCUAAAUUUACUAAUAUAAAUUCAUUAGAUUUAUACAUAGUUAAUUUUUUUAUAUUUUUAUUUUUAGAUAGAUUAUAUUUAAUAAUAGAAACAUAUAUUCGAUUGAAUUAUUGCAAAUACAUAAAUUCCUAUGAAGUUUUUCUAGAGCAUUUAGAUGAAUUUCAUAAUUUUGAUAAUAUUUUAAAUUAUAUUACAAAUAUAGAAAACUCUUAUCCAAAUAAAUUAGAUGAUAUUGAAAAAAAUACAAACAUUGAUAAUCAAUUCAUAAAUUACAAAAAUUCUGAUAAUUUCAAUGAUAUUUAUUAUAGUAUUAUAAAAGAAAAUUUUAAGAAUUUUUUUUUAUCAAUAGAUUUAAUUUAUAAUAUAGAUAUUCAUUAUUUUAAGAUAAAGAAUAAGAUAACUUUUGAAAAGUUAAUAAAAAUUGAUAUAACUUCUUGUAUUAAUGAUUCAAACAUUUAUGAAAUAAUUCAAUAUGAUAAAAAUAAAAGUGUUGAUCACUGGAAGGCAUUCACGAAUUUUGUAUUACUUCAAAAUAAUAGUAAUUUAAAAUUUCAAAAAUUUGAUUGUUUCUCUGUUUUCUUAAUUGUUCGAUUCAAAUAUUAUUUAGAAGAAUUUAAAGAGAACGCUAACAUUGAUCAUAUAUACAAAACUAUAAAAGAGGAAUUUGAUGAAAUAGAAAAUUAUUUAAAGAGUGAAAGUAAUGAAAAUGAUUUUGAAUAUAGCCAUUUAAUACCUAUUUAUCUUGAUCUUCAAAAAGAAGUUAAAAAGGUGUGUGUUUAUGUUUGUGAAUAUAUAAAAUUCUAUGGUAAUUUAAUAUCAUUUGUGAAUUUUAUUCAAAAAUAUGUUAAUUCUUCUAAUAUAGUUAAAAAUGAAGAAAAUAAUGAAAAAAAUUAUUUUGAUUUAUCUUUUUUUUUAAGUUCAUAUGUAAAUGAACAUGUAAAGAAAGAAUAA